ACGUUUAAACUGCGAUAGCAGAUAGAUCUACAUGCUUUUAUAACGUGUUAACACUUGGAAGAAGUUUAUUACUUGCGAUACAUCGGUGACCAUAGAAAACACGCGAAAGAAACAUUAUAACGAACAAAAACAUUGUUCUCUGUUGGGGGAAGCGUGUUUCUUUUCCUCUGUGCGAUCUUUAAUGUUGAAAAUACAAGCCAGCUAUAUACAUGGAAAACAAAGUGUAAUAUUUUUUAUGCCCAAAUCGCUGAGACUCUUUUAACGAAGAGGGAGGUAACGAAAAAGCUGCACUCUAAUUAAUUCCUUGUUGCGUUAUUUGGUGCAGAAAACACAAGAGGCGCGCAACGUAUUGCAUCAUCACUUUAUUUUAGAGUAGUCGCAGUUGUAAACUCUGCCAGGUGUCUGUCAUCAAUAAAUGAGACAGACUCGGCCAAUUAAAGAACAUUAUAUAUAUUAACAGCGACUACUUUUGCAGAUAGGUUCGGUUUCAAGAAAAGAAGGAAAAAAAACACAUAAAAAACAAGCCCAAAGCAACAAUAGCGUGAAAGUGCGGUGAGUGUGAGAGAGAAAUCAAGAGGACAACCAAAAUGUCUACAGUGUCCAGCGUGUCUAUCCAGAGUGAAGAUGACCUUCUCAAACUGUCCACCUGUCGCACGUACAGACCCAAUCACAGAUUACCAGACCGGCUUGUCGAGUACAAAGGAGGGCAGAGGUUCUGGCAGAGACUGUCUCUAGCACUGGCAUUUGUCUCCAUAAUUCUCACUCUCGUUGUCCUCUGCGUCUCUUUCUUUCUCUGGAUUGAGGUUAGCCGAAGGAUAGCAGACGAAGAAGGCGAUUUGUCGUGUCCAGCCGUGGAGACGGAGAUCGAUGGUAUUGAAUUGUACAAGAAUCAAAGCAGCCCCUUCACUGACUUGUCAGAAAAGGAAAUCCGAAAUAUUGAGACUUUUCUCCAUGCUCAAGAGUGGCUUGCUCUUCAAAGCCAUGACAUUGCUGAGGUUCAUAGUAAUUACGUGCACCUGGUAGAGCUGUUGCCCCCGAAGAAGAAAGACGUCCUGAGCUAUCUUGACGGUACGGGGCCUCGACCACCGCGCAUGGCGCGGGCGUUUGUUUUUCGAGGGAACCAUUCAGACCCGAUUAUAGAGGAAUACGUUGUGGGACCCUUACCCAAUCCAACUACAAUUAAUCUGGUUGAAACAACCUCUAGGAAAACAAGGGUACCGUAUUCGAUGAGACCAUUUUCUUCUUAUGAGUUCAAGGCCGUCUACAAAUCUGUACUUCCCGGAGUCUUAAAGAAAGCCGGGAAACUUCUCAAGGAAAGCUACAACGCGUCCAUGUUUGACUGUGGGAAUCAGUGUCUGAAGUUCUCCCUGACUCCAAUUUCAAGUGGUUUUUUGGAGCCAGGCAAACGGAAGGCUUGGUUCUGGUUUGCCUACGAUGUUGAAUUCUACACCCUCCAUCCUCUUGAUUUCCAGUUUCUUGUCGAUAUGUCUCUGCGUGACCCUCGCAACUGGUCUGUCGAGAGGGUGUUUUACGCCAAUCAGCUAUUCUCUACUCUUGAUGAGCUUCUGGACAAGUACGAAACAAACCUUAUAAAUAAAACCAGAACCACUUUUCCUGAAGUGCCGGCGGAAGACCAGUACAGUGCUGUUUACAUGAGGGGAAAGCCCAUACCUUCAGAGGCGAGGCCUCCACCACAGCAAAUCCAACCCAUGGGACCACGAUUUCAACUCCGAGGAAAUCUACUCGAGUAUAUGGAUUGGAAGCUAAACCUUCGCAUCUCCCCAACGGUUGGACUGCAUUUGUACGACGUGAAGUACAGAGGAGAAAGAAUUCUCUAUGAGCUCAGCAUGCAAGAGAUAGGUGUCUUAUACUCAGGUCACUCGCCGGCAGCUAGCAUGUUGUACUUCGCGGACAGCGCCGGCCUUUUCGGAACGCGCAUGCGUGGCAUGAUGCCCGGAGUGGACUGUCCUGAACAUGCCCUCCUGCAGGACGCACUUGUCUAUACGUCCAACACGGGAGGACUCAAGAGAUUGGAAAACUCAGUUUGCAUUUUCGAGCACUCCCCCGAGACUCCCCUGAGAAGACACCGUGCUUAUUCCAAGUCAGGCGCUUUUUACAGCGCUCUAAACGACCACGUUUUAGUCAUUAGAAUGUACAUUUGUAUUAUAAACUAUGAUUACGUAUUUGACUUUGUUCUCCACAACAACGGUGCUGUUGAAGUUAAAGUUAGUUCAACGGGUUACUUAGCUGCAAGUUUUUAUUACCCAGAAGAAGAAAGUUUCGGAACAAGAAUAAGCGAAACUGUUGUUGCGGGUCUUCAUCAUCACUUGUUCCAUUUUAAAGCUGAUGUCGAUGUUAAGGGAACGAGCAAUCGCUUCCACACGAUGGACAUUGGUACAGAAAACAAAACAGACAGCUGGGCUGACAACCCGACACGCACGCACGUUCAAAACUUUUUCAAGAAAGUGGAAAAAAGAAGUGAGAAGGAAGCAGUAAGCCACUACAAUUUCGAUGAACCGAAGUAUUUACUCUUUUACAAGAACGAAAAGACGGAACUUGGCCAUACUCCAUCAUAUCGGCUCAUCAACAAAGGAAUGACAAAAGGGAUGCUGCCUCCAGGAAUUGGGUUCGAACCCUCAAUGAGUUGGGGUCGGCAGCAACUUGCAGUCACCAAACACAAGGACGAUGAGAUGACCAGCAGCUCUAUGUUCGCUAUUUGGGACGCUCAAGAUCCUGUCGUCAACUUUAAAAAAUAUAUCGAAGACGAUGAGAACAUCGUUGAUGAGG